AUGGAAGGUGUUAGUAUUUUACCUACGUCAUAUCAAUUGCUAGUACUUUUUCCGUCUGGUACUCUUUUCGAUUUACAUUCCAAAAAUACCUCCACUAUGUCAAGUGAAGCACGACCUUUGCGAAUUACAUGCCAAAUAAAUUAUCUUCGGACAUUACCUGGCAUAUUAAAAAUCAUUCAAUUCGCAUGCGAUAUCCUUUCCAUUAUCUUAGGUGCUGCUGCACCAACACUCACUUACGCUGGUCAUAAAGGAUUCUUUGUUUUCGUUGCUAUUUUAGCAACUAUCGGGACAGCAUUUCUAUUAGUGUUGUCUUUGAUUAAUCUUCAAGCUGUUUGUAUACCUGAACGUUGGCCUAUGAUCGAAAUGUUCUGGUGUGGCUUUAUUGCACUGCUCUACUUUAUUGCAAGUAUUGUUAUAGCAACAAUUGCGUCAAAUAGUGGCGUUUUUGGAGCUGCAGCGUUUUUCGGUUUCGCAGCUUUCAUUGCUUAUCUUGCUGACGGAUUGAAUCGAUUUCGGCUGAUGCGUGCUGGUCCACGUGAUCGACAUACCGAAACAACCACGACGACAACAGUCACGCGACAGGAACCCACUUAUUAA